GGAAAUGAAGAUCGCAUGUACCUCCACACCAGCUCUUGGGGGCCAAGAGCUGAGCACUGUGAAGUCAAGACUGAGCACUGUGAAGGAGCACCGGUCUUGAUAGGAGAUGAUUUUAUGUUGUUCAUUUGUGUUAUUUAUUCUUCAUUUGACAAGAGAUUACUUUGUUGUUCAUUAUUUAUUAUUAUUUAUGUUAUUUAUUAUUUAUUCAUUUGUUAUUUAGUCUUUUAUUUUAUGAGAAGAGCACACCCGGAAUUGUUGGGGGGGGGGGCGCUACUCCAGGCUAUAGACUGUGGGGAGGAGGAAAGGGGGCACUCUUGUAGGGUCUGGGGGGUGACCCCGCGAUGCUGGAGACUGAACCCAAGGCCCCUGCAGGCUUUGAGCUGUGCCCAGGAGCUGAGCGGAGACGUUCUGCAGCACGCGAGUUCGGAAGCAAGUGCGUAUGCUCUGCCCCCACCCCAGGCCAAGGUCUGGGUGGUCGCGCUGCAGGGGAGCCCAGGACGGGGGCCUCCCCGGACCAGACCAGACCAGACCAUCCCGGUAGCGCUCGGGACUCAUCGCUUCCUGUCCCAGCGCCCCGGGACCACCGCGCCCACCCUGGCCCCCGUCCCGGCCAGCCCGGGUGGGGGAUCUGGGACCCGGGCCAAAGCCGCAACGCCGCCCUCUGGGGCCGAGCUGGGGGGCGGAGGGGCGCACGCGGGCGGGGCGGGGCCGGGGCACCCGGGCGCUCGCGGGGCGCGCCGGGCACUGGGCGGGAGACGCGCGGGACGGACGCGCCCGCCGGGCCGGACACUGGCCGCGAGCAUGGAGGCGGCGGGGCCGCCCCGCGCCGGGGGCCGCUGCUGCCCGCGCGCCCUGGCCAAGCUGCUGCCGCGCCUCUGCUUCCUCUGCUCGCUCGUCACCUACGCGCUGCUGGGCGCGCUGCUCUUCUCGCUCAUCGAGGGCGGCGGGGACCUGGCGGCCGAGGACCCCGAGUUCGAGGACUUCCUGGGGGAGCUCCGCGGCCUCCUGAGAUGCAACGGAACAGUCGAGGGCAAGGAUGGCUGGAAGCAGGAUCUCGGGAAUCUGUUGAAGAGGGUGAAGCCGCGCUGGUUCAGCCAGGCGGGCGACUGGUCCUUCCUGAGCUCGCUGUUUUUCUGCUGCACUGUGUUCAGCACCGUAGGUUACGGCCACCUGUACCCGGUCACGCGGCUCGGCAAGUACCUGUGCAUGUUCUACGCUCUCUUCGGCAUCCCGCUCAUGUUCCUGGUGCUCACGGACACCGGCGACCUCCUGGCCACCAUCCUGUCCAGGGCUUACCACCACUUCCGCCAGCUGGCCACCCACCUCCCGGGCCCGGCCCGGUGGCGCUCCCGCCUGCUGGGCCAGAACGGGCUCCAGGAGACGGAGCCCCAGGAGGCCGCGCUCCCCAGGAUCCUCGUCCACGACCAAGAGCCCUCGAGCUCCCGAGCCGGCCCGGACCCCCGGGCGCCCAGCCGCAACCUGGAGCUGUUCGAGCGGCUCCUGGUACGGGAACAGCAGAGCGCGCUGCCGCUGCCCGCGCGGGCCGUGGAGAGGAGCUCCUCGUGUCCCCAGCUGGCGUCGGGGCCGCUCUCGCAGUCCGUCCUCAGCAACCUGGACGACGUGGGCCGGCAGGUGGAGCGGCUGGACGUGCCGCUGGCCGUCAUCGUGCUGGUGGUGUUCGCCUACAUCUCCUGCGCCGCCGCCCUGCUGCCCAUCUGGGAGGAGGAGCUGGACUUCCAGGACGCCUUCUACUUCUGCUUCGUCACGCUGACCACCAUCGGCUUCGGGGACAUCGCCCUGCAGCACCCCCACUUCUUCAUGUUCUUCUCCAUCUACAUCAUCGUCGGCAUGGAGAUCGUCUGCAUCGCCUUCAAGCUGCUGCAGGCCCGGCUGCUCCACAUCUACAAGCUCUCCAUGCUCUUCUUCGCCAAGGUCCUACCCACCGUUGUCAAAAGAUGAAGGCCUG